UAUGAAUAUAAAAAUACAGGAUGAUGUUUAUGUUUUUUAGCCAUUCUCCAAUAUAUUUAACCAAGAAGAGGAGAGCGAAAAAAGAAAACGGUCGUGCAAUGGAUCCCUCACUAAUUUCGGGCAUGACUCCGUUCCUCGGUUUUCUCUUAACUUUCUUCUUGUUCUCCCUCUUCACCGCACACACGCGGAGGAGGAGAGCCGGGUACGGCGGCAGCGGCCGAGGCUCACUUCCACCGGGUCCUCCGGGACUCCCAUUGGUCGGAAACAUAUUCCAACUCGGCUCCAAUCCUCACCGUUCACUUGCUGUCUUUUCGAAGACGUACGGGCCUAUAAUGAGUUUGAAGCUUGGAAGGUUAACCGCAGUGGUUAUUUCUUCACCAGAAGUAGCUAAAGAGGCACUUAAAACACACGACCAGGUCUUGUCCGCUCGAACCAUUACCGAACCGAUUCGAGCAGUUGAUCACCAUAAAAAUUCCGUUGUCUGGAUUUCUUCGUCGUUGGUUCUUUGGAGGUUUCUGAGGAAAACAAUGGCGAGAACUUUGUUCGCGCCGCAGAACCUAGACGGUAUUCAAGCUAUAAGGAUGAGAAAGGUGGAGGAACUUAUGAGCUUAGUAAACAAUUUUUGCGAGAGAGGAGAAGCUAUUGACAUGGCUCGUGCUUCCUUCGUCGCAGCUUUCAACAUCAUCUCAAAUGCUCUGUUUUCUGUAGAUUUAGCGACGUAUGACUUUAACAAGUCGUCUUGCGAAUUCCACGACGCGGUGGUUCACCUGAUGGAGGUCACCGGGAAACCCAACGUAGGAGACUACUUCCGGUUUCUGAGUUUUCUUGAUUUGCAAGGUAGCCGAAAAGAGGCGAAGCUCUGCGUAGACAAGUUAUUUAGGGUUUUCCAAGAAUUCAUCGAUGCUCGGAUGGCCAAAAGAUUGUCUCAGGAGCCUAAAGAGGCUUCGAGUACCGAUAUGUUAGAUUCCCUUCUGGAUCUUACGCAGCAAAACAAAGAUGAAUUCACCUUGGAUAAUUUGAAACACUUGCUUCUCGAUUUGUUUGUUGCGGGGACGGAUACAAACUCUAGUACAAUGGAGUGGGCAAUGGCGGAGUUAAUCCGUAACCCUGAGAAGAUGGUCAGAGCUCAGAGUGAGAUACGGGAAGUGAUCGGUGAAAACUGUGUCGUUCAAGAAUCUGAUAUCCCGAGGCUCCCUUACUUGCAAGCGAUUGUGAAAGAGACGCUUCGUUUGCAUCCCCCAGCUGCUUUGAUCCCACGAAAACCAGAAUCCGAUGUCCAAAUCUCCGGUUUCCUCCUUCCUAAAGACACCCAGGUUUUCGUGAACGUGUGGGCGAUAGGACGAGACUCGAGCGUGUGGGAGGAUCCAAUGACGUUCGAGCCAGAUAGGUUCUUGUUACGAGAAAUCGAUGUUAGAGGCAGAGAUUUCGAGCUGAUACCAUUUGGAUCAGGACGAAAGAUGUGUCCGGGAAUCUCGAUGUCUCUUAAGACAAUGUCCGUGGCGCUUGCCUCUCUUCUCUAUUGCUUUGACUGGAAACUUCAAAACGGCGUCGUCCCUCAAAACAUCGACAUGAGCGAGGCCUUCGGUCUUACCUUACACAAGGCAAAACCUCUCUGUCUCGUACCCAUCAAGAAACCUACAUUAUCGUCUUCAUAAUUUUCAUAUGUUAUUAUAAUUAUAAGAGUCCUUGUGGGUCAAAAUCAAUAACUAGAAACGAUGGGAUUCUGAAAAAAAAUACUAAAAUCUUAUGUUGAUUUUCAAAUAUACAUUUAAAUUUUUUUUUUUUAAAGCAUGCAUGACUUCUUUU